AUGUUUGAGGAAAUCUUUGAAUUUAUUGAUAAGGAUACUUUUACCAAAUACUUCCGUUUAACAAUUGUUGUAUGUGCAUAUAUCAUCUUCCGUAAAUAUUAUUCUCAAUGGGCGGCCAAAAAACAAACAGAAACUCAAAUGGCCAUAGAUGAAAAAGAAAAGGCAGAAAAACCAGAAAGAGAUAGAAGAGAACAAGAAGAACUCGAAGAAAGACUUGAAGCAGAAUCAAAACAAUUCGGUUGGGGUAAGAAGACGAGAAAGAAUGUUAAGAUUACUCAAGCGGUAUUAGAACAAAUUGCUCAAGAACAAAGAGAAAGACACCAAACUUCAUAUGAUGCACAAGAAGAUGCUGACAUUGAAGAUUUAUUGGAGGAUUAA